AUGACAGAAACCUUCCGCCGCGUCCUGGACGCCUUCCGCGCGCGCCUGGGCGUCCGCGGCCUCGGGAAGCGCUCCGGGGCGCGGCUGGACCGCGAGGACCGGCUGGGCCGCGCGCUGGCGGUCCUGGAGGCCGGGCUGCAGGCUUUGCCCCGGGAGAAGCGGCGCAGGCAGCUGGAGCUGAUGCCACAGAAGUUGCGCUUGGCGCUUCUUUCGCGCAUGGCCACGAAGCAGAUGUCGUCCCUCCCCUCCGGCGCUUUCCGAAGCGGCUUCGGCGGUCGGAGCAGCUGUAUCUUGGAGCGGCGCAAGGGCCGGUUCCGGGCCCGGCAGGGCCUCGGCGGCCUCGAGGCGCGGACCCAGUAUCUGGGCCUCGACGAGGCGCUUCAGCAGCUGGCGGUGCUCGUGCAGCUGCGGGCCGCACUGCCGGACGCUGGGGCUUUGGAGGACGAGUCUUGGCACCGGCUCUUCCAAAGGCAUUCGGCACGACUUUGCCCGGAGGGCAUGCAGCUUGCCUUCCGGGGCGUUGGCUGCUGCUUGGCGUUGCGGUUGGAGGGGCCCUACACCUCGGAUGUCCGGGCCGCGCUGGUGCAGUGCCGCGCCUUUCAGGCUGCGGGCCACGGCGGCUGGCCGCAGCUCCGGGGCCUCCUGGCAGAGCUGAGGCAGCGGAAGCGGCGCAGGCGGAGCAGCGAGGAGGCGGCCAAUCACGUUGAUGGCGUCUACUGCAAGCUGCUGCAGGGCCGGCUGCUGCGGGCCUCGCGUCAGGCGCUGGCGGCGCUGAAGGCUUCCGAGCCUGGCCGGAGCUCCCUGCUGCAGUCAGAGCUCAAGCCCGCGCCAGAGGUCUUGGCUGCCUACCUCGAGCGCCUGCCCAAGGCGUUGGUGCGCGAGAUCCAUGGACAGCGUUGGCUGGACAAGGGUCACUUGCGCUUCAGCAACACCCGGCAGCAGGAAUACGGACCGCAGGUGUCGGACGCCAUGGAGCUCCUGGACGCGCCGCCAGUGCCUGCGCCGCUUUGCUGCCGGGCGCUGGCGCUGAGGGUCCGAGAUGCGGCCCUGCAUCAGGGCAUCGAGGCUUCGGGCCUGGGCGGCGACUGCUUCAUCCGGGUGAACCUCUAUGGCGAAGGUGGGUACAUGCACAAGCACAUGGACUCCAAGAAGUGCUUUGGGCCGGUGAUCGCCUGCUGCUCUCUGCUGUCGGACUGGCCCGCAAAUCGGCAGAUCGGGCUUUGCGGAUCUUCGCGGGCGAAGGAUGCCACCAUGACCUUCUAUGACACCGGCGGCAGUGCCUACGGCUUGGCCAAAGUCCUGCGCACGGCCACGGUGGCGAUUCCGCGCCGGUCCUUGUACUUCAUGACAGGGCCCUCCCGGUUUCAGUGGCAGCACGGUAUAAAGAAGGAGCACUGCCCAAAGGAGCGGCUCUCGCUCACCUUCCGGAGCCUUUGUGCCGACGCGCCCAAAGCAAAGGUAAAAGCAAAGGCCGCAGGCGUGCUGAAGCGGCCGGCCAGAAUCUCGUGCGGGACAUCGCCCGCCGGAAGAAAAGCUGCCGCGUGGGGCGCCGGCGGUGUCCUGCCGCGAAGCCUUGCGGCGCCGACUCCAAGACGCUCGCAUUGA